GUCGUCAACAGUAGUCAGUAGUCACUACCACCACCACCACUCACCAGUGAACUAGAACUGGUGGUACCAGUAGCAUCGAAGAAUAAUAGUAACGUUAUAACCGUAUUUUUGCUAGUCAUUUGUCGUAUUAUAAAACAUAAAUUUCAAUAGAUAUCUCAUUUUAGUCUUUUUAUGAAAUUGUUACACACCUGAUGUGUAAAUGAGGUGUUGAAAAAGGUUUCAAUAUGAAAGUUAUUUUAUCUUCUUGUGAUGAAAAUGCAAGCAUAAGACAUUUUGUACCACGUAGACGACCAUCAAGAAAAUCGCGCCUGCAAAAUUAUCUACUAUCUGCUGUGACGUUAACUGAUACUAAAAGUGAUAACCAUGCCUUAUUCAUUAUUCAGAACUAUAUAUAUCACUGUGUUUGUGUACUAUGCAAUCAUACCGCUCGAUUAUUUGACAAAGUAAGGAGCUGGAUUUUCGAAGAAAGCCAUUUGCCCAUGUCUUGUCAAAAUUGCCAGUGUAUAGGAGGAAAAUCUCAAAAUAUUCUUGUGACUGGAGGUGGUGGUUAUGUAGGAUCUCAUACAGUUGUUGAAUUAUUGAAUUCAAAUUAUUCCGUAGUGGCAAUUGACAAUUUAUCAAAUUGCCAAGCAAUUGAAAAUGACUGUGCAAAACCGGAAUCGCUCAAAAGGGUUGAAAAAAUCACUGGUAAACAGGUUGUAUUUUACAAUGUGGACAUUAGAAAUAAAGACGAUUUAGACAAAAUUUUUAAAAAGCAUAAAAUUUCCACUGUUAUACAUUUUGCAGCUAUGAAAUCUGUAGGAGAAUCAACGAAAAUACCUUUAUCUUACUAUGAAAAUAAUGUAGGUGGUUCCAACAAUCUAUUUCAGGUGAUGCAUAGUAAUAAUGUGAAAUCAUUAGUCUAUUCAUCUUCAGCAACAGUCUAUGGCACACCUGUGUAUUUGCCUUUGACUGAGACACAUCCUACUGGACAAGGAUGCACAAAUCCCUAUGGUAAAACUAAGUACUUUGUUGAAGAAAUUGGGAAAGACCUGUGUUCUGCUUAUCCGGACUGGAAAUUGAUUUCUCUAAGGUACUUCAAUCCUGUUGGUGCUCACCCAUCUGGAAUGAUUGGAGAAGAUCCUUCUGGAAUUCCUAACAAUUUAAUGCCAUAUAUAUCUCAGGUUGCGAUUGGAAAAAGGGAAUUCCUCAGUGUUUUUGGUUCAGACUAUGAUACUAUAGAUGGUACGGGGGUACGUGAUUAUAUACACAUCUCUGAUUUGGCUGUAGGUCACUUGAGAGCUCUAGAGAAACUUUCAAACCCUUCCUUUUUGGGUUUUAGAGCUUAUAAUUUAGGAACUGGUCGGGGUUAUUCUGUUCUCGAAGUUAUAAAGGCAUUUGAAAAAGCAUCUGGUAGAAAAGUGGAAUAUAAAUUAGUUGAUAGAAGACCAGGGGAUAUUGCAACUUGUUACUCUGAUGCUAGCUUAGCAAAGAAUGAAUUGAAUUGGGCUGCGGAAAAGAAUAUAGAUGAGAUGUGUAAAGAUACAUGGAAUUGGCAAUUUAAUAAUCCUAAUGGUUUCAGUUGAAAUAUAACUUUACUAUUCGAUGUUGAAAAGAAUCUCCAUGCACAUUUACUUUGCAACCCCCUGUUUUUUUGCUGAAAAUUAAUCAGUCAAAAUCUUUUGCAAUAUCAAUUUUUUGUCUAAAUUUUUGAAUAUGAAUAACAUUUUCUUCAAACAUUAAAUGUUCUCCAACCUCAAAGAAAUAUUGCCACAAGUUUCAAAUUUGUCAUAGAUCUAGAAAUCUAGGAUUUUUCAAUUUCUUUUUACUCUUAUGUCUCUUGCAACUUUUGUUUCCUUGAUUUAAACUCAUUCACAAAUCUCCAUUCUUGAUUUGACAAAUUUAAUGUUGCUAGUGAUGAUUAUAACUAACUUACCACAAAAUUCAUUUAAAUUUAUAGUUGGCGAAAAAUGUCUUUUUUAUUGGGAAUUAUCAUUACUUAUUGAUAUAGGAACUGAAAAGAGAAUUAACCCCUUUAUACACUUGGCCCUUUUUAUGUCUUUUUCUAAGCCUGGCGGUCUGUGCUUAAAAUUUUGACGCCUGAGUCAAUUAUGAAGUAUGAAAUUCAACAAAACCUCUGCUGACCUGCCUUGGUGGCAGCAGUAGGAUGGUUCCUGACUGCCAAAGCUAAGGUACCGGGUUCGAAUCCCGGCAAGGGCAUGGAUGGUUGUGUAUGUCCUUAGUUUGUCACAAAAACAAAAAUUGUCUAGAUUUAAAUGUAGUAUGACUGAGUAGUAUGCAAUACAAAACGUGUCGAGACUUGAUCUGUGUACAUACCGAAAAAAUGGUGAGCACAUUAAAGAGAGGAAUGAAUGAAUGAAAACCUCUGUUCUCCCUGAAAUAUCAGGUGUAUCAAUUCAAUUUUUAUCUGUUUUAAGUGACAUAACUCAAACUAAUCUGUCAGUAAUUCAUGAAAAAAUCAUAAUCUCAAGAAUAAUUUCAAUGUUUGCAGCUUUGUAGUUAGCCCUGGAACAAGCGUCAAAAAGGAAUAGUAUAAGAGUGCCAAAUGUCUAUGACGAAUUCAGCCCAGAAAUAGACAUAAAAAAAGUUUAAAAAGAGGUUGAAAGGGAACACCACUACGUGGCUACUCAGUUCAAAACGAAAUCAGAGGUAUUUUAUCUUAGAAAUUGCCGAUUUGUGAAUGUACAACUUUGUACACCGUACAUAGUUUGGUCAUAGUAGGAGCGCGAGAGGGGAAAUGAAUGGGUACCAAAGUUUGACUAAUACGCGGAAAACAACGUGGUGAUAAUCCCUAUUAAAAAACACAGACUUUGAUCCUCAAGUUUUUCCAUUCUUAAAACAUAAUUACCAUUAAUAAAGUUAGCUCCUUCCCUACCCAUUUUCGCCUCUGAUUUUGUUAGAAAAUCAAAGUUUUUGGUCUGCCUUUUCCCAUUCUAGUGCAGAAAAGAAAACAAAUAUUCAUCAAAUUCAUUUCAGAAUUGAAUCUUUGUCCCUAACAUUAACAGGAUGUUCUUUUAUCUUGUUUAAAAAAGUUUCACUUCAUUUUCCAAGCACCAUUUACUUCAGAAUGAACUGGAUUAAAAUGGAUUGCUUUACCAUCGAACCCACAAAAUUUUCUGUGUAUUGUCAGUCGCUCUGUUAGUAGUACCAUUUGGUAAUUUAUAUCGCGCGAAGCAUUCUUUUCUCUCUUGAGAAUAUGUUUACCCAAUUUGAUUUUACACCAUAAAUGCCUAGUUUAGUCUGAGCUGGUUGUGAAUAUUUCACCUUGAAACGACUAUGUUUCGUCCUGAAACAUGUGCAUAUGGGUGAAAUUAUUCCUUAUAAUGAUCAGACAAUUGAAAUCCUAUAGCAGUAGAUCGGUAGGAAGCAUUAGGCUCUUAGGUCAUCAAUAAAAUUACCUCAGAAAAUAUUUACCUAAACAGAAUUUAUUUUCAAUUUUUUAUAUGUAAUAUUAUAGAAAUGCUUUUUAAUUUAUAUGAAUCAGUCAGUGAGUCGACCUCAAAUAAGGACUUUUGUUUGGAAACUGCUUACGUGACAGGUAAUUUUUUGUCCAUGUGUAUGAAACUUACGAGAAUCUAUCUAUAUUGCAUAUUUGAAAAGCUAAUCUGGUAUGAUGGGAAAAAUGUGAUGAGAAAAAGCGUUGAAUUGAUUCAUAUGAAUAAAUUCUACACUACUAUAUCAGGCCCGAUAUAGUAGCUAUCCUAAUUCGCACUGGUAGAUUACAAUCUGCAGAUUUAGUGACAUUUUAUAAGAUGAACAGCUUACAACUAAUGAACCCCCACCUCGCAUAUUUGAAGUAUUCAGAUUUUUGCAUCAAUGAAUGAGUGUGCAAUGACUUGCAAAAUGAACUGUUCUAUCUAACCCUUGUUUCAUAGUACACUUCACCGUAAUAUAAACGGUCAGAAAGACAGACAAAAAAGAAACUGUACAGCUAGUCACCAAAUGGAUUGCAAAAAAACGUCAUAAAGGAAAGAAAAUAAAAAGCAGUUGAUUAUAGAACUACACUGCUAAAAUCCUAUUCCACUCAUUCAUAAGCAUUUUGCAAACCAACUUUCUAAAAUGAGUUACAACAAUGAAUUCUCCUAAUGUACUUGGUUAGUUCCUUUGAAUCGAACAUUAAUGCUUUGAACAUCAGAACAGUAUGUAAUCUUGUUAUUUAGGUAUGGAGGAGCCCUAUAGCUUUAUAAUUUUUCAAGUUAAACUGGUGUUAUACAGUUGCCUUCUACAUAUUUAGUCAAUUCUCAUAAUUGAGAGUGCAACUUCUAUUGAGCGUUUGCAAUCCAAAAACAGUCUAAGACAUAAGUUUUGCCACUUUUGAAUGUGCUUCUUGUCAUCGGAUCAAAAGCAAGAAAUAUUUACAGCAUCAGCAUAAUUCAUAUGUGUGAGAUCCAUAAUUUGACACAAUGGGAUUUUGGGUUUUUUCUUGAAAAUUCGUUAUAUCUAUAAAUAACUCAACAUCCCAUACGCCUUCAAUAUGUAAUCAUUUCGUUCCUAAUAUUGUGUAACAGAUAUAAUUUUCAUAUAGUAUUUAAUUUUAUAGCUUGAAAAAAAGUUGAAACAUCGCUAGGUGAAACAUAGUGUAUUAUUUGUGAGAACCGAAAUAACUUCCUUGAAUCCCAUACGCUUUUUGCAGGCACAAGGAAAUAUUGUGAUCAUUGAAUCUCUGCUCAUAAUCUAUCCAAACACCCAGACUUAUCGCCUUCUCCUAGAACCAAACGAUUUCAUGGUCAAUAUUCAAGUAAUCUUUUCUAUCAUUAAUGGCUUCUCCCAAAUGUUAUUGCAACUGUUUUAUUCUUUCUGCCCUGCAAAUAGUGCUCUUAUGAUAUAUCGUGAAUAAUGUUUACUUCAAGAUUUAUAGCCCUAAUGGCUUGACUGGUUUCAUCAGGAUAGAUGAAAUUCGUUAUAGCAUAUACAGAGUAUCCCAAGUUCGAGUGCCUAUUAGACGUUUGUGAAGUACUGGACAUGUUUGAAAUCUGAAAAUUAAUAUUGUUCAACAUUCUCUACUGAGCUAAAAUAUUAUUGAAGACUGCUAAUAUGAUAUAGAGUAUUCAAUUCUGAAUAUCUUUUUAUUUGAAUUGUUGCAUUCAUCCAAACAGUUUUCAAAAUAUGGAAAAAAAACUGAAAAAAAGGGAAAUAUGCGUAAUCAGUAUUAUGUUAUUUAUUCCUAUUUUCUAUAUAUUAAGUAUAAAUGGUUUUCACUUGUUCGAAGUAGAAGAAUGUAAGAAUAUUGUGCAUCAACUGAAUUUUGGAAAACCCAUCACAGGGUGUUUUUUUAUUUAUGCGUUGGAUGCUACGAAGAAAAAUUGUUAGUGUUGUAACAUGCAGGGUGAACUUUAGUAAUCUUUAUAUUCUUCCACAAUGCAAGAUUUACUUUCUUCAACCCUUCAUCUUAUUGCCUCAAUAUAACGAACAAAAUAUAUUUAUAGUAAAUGAUGUAGACUUCAAUUAUGAAUGUUUUAUUAAAUUAUUGUAUGUAUUUAUUAUAAAAAAUAUAUUUAUUAAAUUAA